ACCGGUAUAACCAUGUCACGAACGGGGCUCAAGAGGGUGGCCAAGCCGAGCGGCGCCAGCAGCGGCGGGCCCAAGUCAUCCGCCAAGGGCAGUGCGGCUUCGGCAAAGAAGGCAGUUCAGAAGUCUGCUAUCGCAGAUCACAAGAAGAACAAGAGACAAACACCGCCAGGGAAGAGGACAAAGGGCCAAGGGGGAAGGGACGAGGAGCGGAGGCUGGCCUUGGACCAGAAGUGGGCUGCUUCGUCGGUGGCACAACCACAGCAGCGCGCGGCGAGCAUCGCUCAGCCGAAACGGACAGCGCCAGCAUCCGUCGAUGCAGCACUCAAGGACUUCGAGAGGCUUCUCUCAUGAUGGUGAUACCACACCCUGAUGACCACGCUCUGGCAAUUGUAACAUAUACUUUCCACCCAUAGUCGACAAGAAGAGGCUUUGACCUCUUGUAAAAGUACAUGCAUCACUGAAAAACAGCG